AGUUGCUCUGGUUAGAGGAGAUGAGCAAAUUGAAAAUCCGCUACGUAGCUUGUUUGCGUAUUUAAAAAAAACAGAUAAAAGCCUCAAAUGACUCAUAACUCCACCCAUUAAGCUUAAGGAAUGAAAGAGGAAGUAUUUUAGUCAUUCUUUUACAGUGAGGCGUGAGAGCGAGACAAAAUGGCGUCACGCUACAGCCGGAACCUUUCUCAAAUCCUCUGGCUCUGGCUGCUGGUUCUAGUUAGGACUGUAGGGUUGGCCUCCGUAUCAGCUACUGCGAUUCCAGUCAGUGGGGAGAUUGGCGGAAACGUGACCUUUCCCUGCCCUGUCGACAAAGGGAGGACAGUUACCUUUUUCUACGUCCAACGGAAGGACGUGUUCGUGAACGGCUUCUACGCGAACGCAAACAUCAGGGUCGGAACGUGGGCGAACACCGUGGUGGACCGCAGCGACACCGCCGUGCGCAUGUACGGCCUGAACGUCUCACACAUGGGGCCCUACGAGUGCUACAUCCAGUACAGCGGCGACAGCUCGCCUGCUAUAACUGACAUCUGGCUCACUGUCACAGGUACGAUUAGAACGCUAACUAAACACAACGCAGGCGUUCUGGUGUCCACAUCUGUCCUCUGUCUUGCAGCCCGCUACAGUAAACCCGCCGUCGCUCAAGUCUGCGUGGAGGAAAACCACGGGCGUGUUUGCGCGGUGACGUGCGCCUCGCGCGGCGGCUACCCGCCGGCCGCCAUGCGAUUCGAGGUGAGCGGCAAAGUGAGCAGCCAGAUGUGGAGAGUGGUGGAGAGCAGCGGCCCGUCCCCAGCCCCCGACACCGAGACGCACAACAGCUCCGGAGCCACGAGCUUCAACUGCUCCCACGGGAAGGUGGAGAACGUCAGGUGCUCGGUGGGGGAAGCCACGUCGGAGCCGUUCACAGUGUGUGAACCCCAAACUCCUCUUCCUCCCACGAUUACGACUCUAGCCAUAAUAGCAGCAGCUGUCCUUUUGGUGGUGGCUGUCAUGGGUGUUGUGUGUUUGCUGUUGUGGCGACGACACUAUACACACAAGAACAGACCUUCAGCGGAGACAGCGGAGUGCACAGCCAACGGCCACGCGGGGGACGUGUUGCUCAACGGCGUCACAGAAGCAAAUGCGCCCUGAGCGCUGCGGCGGAUCUUCAAACCAACGUGUCCUGGUGACAAUGCAUUACAUCAGUGGAAGGGGCCACGAGCCAGAGAGCAGCAGUGAACAUUACAGUGCAUGGGCGUCAGUGACUCACUACAGACCGCGAGCGCUCAACAUUUCAGUUAUACUCGUACGCGUAUGAGGAAAUGGUCACCAUUGGUAUCACACUGCUGGUGAAGUACAGUGCGUCAUCAGACGCCGGACUACUUCUCGAAAAAAAGGACUUUUCUAAUGGUUGGUGGUGAGAUUGAAUACUGGAAACGGGUUCGUGAGGGAAACACCUGGCAGCACUGUGACGAGCGAAAGCAGCAGCCGGUGCUAUUUAAACUGGAUUUCACUGUUACACUGCCCUCUCUGGGAAGAACUGCUGCAAGUGUCACUAUUUUUACAACACUCCAGUUCACUUUAGUUUUCUGAAUGUACGUUCUAGUAUUAUAUUUUUUUUAAAUUAGCAUAGCAAUCUUUUUAAUUUAACGCAAAGACUUUUAUAAAGGCUAUGUUAGCCAUGUAUUUCAGGUUAGAAUAAUAUCCAUGAGUUCCCUAAUUUGUGUCCAGGGUUUUACUCAUCCAUUAUGAAUAAUAUGUAGCAAGCAUUGAAGCCUUCGGUCUGUUUGCACAUGUUUGCGCUCAAGAACUGUUCGAUCAAUAAGAUUUUCCGAUAAUGUGCAAUAUUGAAUACAAAACCUGACAGAGGUUUAUUUAAAUGAGCAUUUACAAACCUCAUCAAUAUUUUUGACUCUUUUGAAACCUAUUUUUUGGGUGAUUGUUCUCAUUAGAAUUUUGUUAUAUUUAUGGAAUUUUCUUUAAAGUUUGCUUGUAUUUUACAGUUUGUCAAUCCUUAUGUAUUAUAUCUCAUAGGGCAGCUUUUACUCUCCAGAUAUCUAUAAAACUGUUCUCCAGCUGCUUUAACUUUGCCAUCUUUGUUUGCACGUCCACUGUCCACGUUUGUGUUGUUGGCACCGACAUCAACAAUCAUUGAAACUUGUGUGGUGCAUUUUUAUUGUGUUGUCGUCACAAAUACUCUUUGAGAAAAUCCGAAUAAACCUCUGACUGUGA